ACUUUACCAGCCCCGCCCCUCAAUCGGAACAAUGAUUGGUUGAUGGCUCGAAGCAAUUGGGAGAGUUUUUCAAGAAACAUGAGUGUUGCUCCUGGUCUAGUCCCGCCUCAGUCUAAAGGAGGAGACUCCUUCGAGUCCUUUACACUGAUAACAACCACUGAUGAGGUCUCUUCGGGGGGGACGGGGGGAGACGGAGGAGGAGGAACCGGAUACUUUAUGGAUAAACUAAAGGCAGGGAAGGAAUGGUUUCAGAAUAAACACUCAGGGUCCCGUUCCUGGGGUCAAUUUUUUAAUUUUCGAAGAUUGAGCAGACCCAGUGGCGUGGGCGAGGCUACCACAAGACUCUUUGCUAACGUUAAACAUUAUUAUAUUAAUUAUCUCUUUGUGUUCCUGGCUCUCACAGUUUAUUGUGUUAUUUCUAAUCCAAUAUUAUUGAUAGCUCUUGCUCUUUGUGUCCUAACCUACUGGUUUGUUAGUAUCAAGAACAAAGGAGAAAAUGUUAAAAUAUUAGGUAGAUUGUUCAGUCCAGCUGAAGUGUACACUGCUUUAGGUAUCAUAGCAAUACCUGUCUUCUAUAUCGCUGGAGCUGGCUCUACUAUAUUCUGGAUAGUAGGUGCAUCAGUUGUGCUGAUACUGGUCCAUGCUAUAGCCAUGGUCCCGCUCAGUGGCGUGACGACAGACGAAGAGAUGGGAAUCAUAAUGGAGGACAUUACGAUAUCAUAAAAUAGAGCUAGAGGUCUAUAAUUAGACUGGUUAUUGUUACUAAAAAUAGAAUCCAUCAUUACGCAUACUUUUACACCGAACUGAAAUUAAUUAUUAUAUUCCGGUCAUAUCAUUUUAUUUAACAGUUGACAAAAAAUGCAAAA